UGCUGAUGAAAGCUUCUUUAUCUUCCCCGAAGGUCGGCAUAUCCCGGUCCAUUUGGGCCUGAAGAGCUGUCGUUUACGUACAAUACAACAAACAAUUACAAUACCAUCAAUCGGCAGUCGCCGUCGCCGUCGCCUCAGCCACAAACGUACACAGAAACUAACCCGCCCUUCGGUGUUUCUCUCCUGUUCGUCUCAUAACAAGCGCACUUCCCCGGCAUGCGCUUUCGUUGAGCACCGUUUGCAUUCUCGACGACAUUUCAUCCGCGCCAUGUGACAAUCUCCUCCGACCUCAAGCCUGCGCUCCGUCCCCGGUGCUUCGAAGCCGACACAAAGUCUCAACAUAACCCCGCAGAGGUGUCUCGCUCGGCGCAACAAAAUUCGCAACGUCCCAUGAUCUGACAGUUAUCUCAGAUCUCGUUUACAAAAACGACGGUGCCAUUUUUUGGAACCCCGCCGCCGCUGCCUGGACACAUACCGCGCCGCAUCUUCGAUGACAGCUUCAGUUUCUUCCAUAUUUUCUUUAUUCAUGGGGGUGAAGUUUGUCGCUGUGACCUUUUAACCUACCCCUUUCACUACUUCGACCGCAUACUUAGCACAAGUGCUUCGGCAACUUGGGCACCUCUGUCGUUGCCGGUAUGGCUCCAAACGGCCGGCCCAUGUUCGCCCAAGCACCUCCACAAAACACCAUGUCUUGGGACCCCAAGGCGCUCCUAAACCCGAAAGCAGCCCCGCAGUCUUCCGGCUCCACCCAGAGGCCUGGUCACACCGGUAGAGUCGCGACGAGCCAUGGCAACGCACCCCAAGCCUUUCAGUUUGCGAGCCCAAACGAGCCCAGCAUUAGCAUCGACCUCACAGAUUCCGACGACACGCACGAAGACCAACGCGGUCAUGGCCACACGCAGGCGGCCGGAAACGGCAUGGGUGCGAUGAUAGAGCGUGCCAACAAUGUAGAGAGCCGGGCUGAUAUUCCUCAGACAAAGAGGCGAAAGAUCGAAGUCACAAACACAAACGGACAGGGGACUCCGAUUCGUGGCGGCAGUGGCAUGUUGGGUAGCUACAUCAAAGGACAGGAACUCGGCGAUGGCGGUGCUUCUACGCCAGCUCGCUCACCACAGACGACCGUUGAUCUGACAGACGUGAACGAGAGCGAUGCAGCUUCUACUGAUCCUGGGUUGGUCGAGGUCUGCUUUGGGAUGCUGGAGGUUGCUGUUGUUAACUGCCAUACCGUACCUCAUCCCCGGCCUAAUGGCGUAGCUCUCGGUGGAAAUGAUUACUGGCCCCCUAUCAAGACUGUUCUGCGACGGAUGGUCAACGACACGGCCACGGCGAAUGUUAUGGUCUACGAUCAUACUCGUCAGGUUUUCGGUUCUCUUGAUCAAAAGACCGCCGUGGGACUGGUGCCUCUACUCGACUCGGCGGUACUGCAGUUCCGGACUGACUGUCGAAUUCCGUCCCGACGGAAGCAGCCUGGUGAAGUCCCAGGCGAGCCUAUUUCAAAGGCAUACAAGAUAGAGAUAACCUUGUUCGGUCGUCGCAAAUAUUCGCGUACUGUGGGUAGGAUCCUCAGGGAAAGGGGCUUGCGGUUGAUCAAUCCCUCUAUUGUCCCACGCGGUAUCAAGCUCCACAACCCUCAUCUCCAGUUUCCCAUCCCAGCUGCAGCGCCUUCAGCGCCGGCGAGGCCAGUGCCCUCGAAUGCCUACUCACAGUACACUCCAGCUCCAACUCAGCGGAGUGUGGAGGAAGUGCGGGCCGAUGUCUACGGGGUCUUUGAUGAUUUGAACUCUGACUCGCUUCCAUUGAUGGAGCCGGGUCCGAACAUCUUGACCGAGUUGCUUCCUCACCAGAAGCAAGGCCUUGCGUUCAUGACUGCUCGAGAGACUCCAGACGAAAACAAGCUGCCAGCACUUUGGAAAGAGAGAUACGUCCACGGCGGCCACAUGGAAUACUAUAAUGUUGUCACGCAGCAAUCAGAGGUCACUCGUCCUACGCAUGCGCUCGGAGGUAUCCUUGCAGAUAUGAUGGGCCUGGGAAAGACAUUAUCUAUUCUAUCUUUGAUAUCCUCUAGCAUGGACCAGGCAGCUGAGUGGGCAACUCGGGUUCCGCAGCAGCCUGUUCAAGAGCGCCGGAAGCAAACCUCGAACAAGUUCAAAAUUCCGAUGCAGGAGCCUCUGGGUCUUACAAAACUGACGCGUAACUCGAAGGCCACCUUGUUGGUAUGCCCGCUCAGCACUGUCACCAACUGGGAGGAGCAAAUCAAGCAACAUGUCAAACCCGACACGCUUUCGUACUACAUCUACCAUGGGCAAAAUCGUACCAAAGAUCCGGCGGUCCUCGCCAACUAUGACUUGGUGAUCACAACAUAUGGCUCUGUUUCAAGUGAGCUGACGGCUCGCCACAAACGCAGAGGCAACCAGUAUCCUCUCGAGGAGAUAGGAUGGUUCCGCGUAGUUCUUGACGAGGCUCACAUGAUUCGAGAGCAGGCGACGCUGCAGUUCAAAGCCAUUUGCCGCCUACAGGCAAAUCGCAGGUGGGCAGUCACCGGUACACCUGUACAAAAUCGUCUGGAUGAUCUGGCAGCGUUGCUGGCCUUUAUCCGUCUCAAACCAUUUGAUGAUCGCAACAAGUUCAACCAGCACAUUGUCACGCCUUUCAAGCUAGCUGACCCAGAGAUUAUUGAUAAACUUCGCGCCUUGGUGGACUCCAUCACCUUACGACGCCUCAAGGACCGUAUUCAUCUGCCACCACGUACUGACAAUGUGGUCAAGCUUACGUUUUCUCCCGAAGAGCAGCGUCUUUACGAUCUCUUUGCUCGGAAUGCCAAGGAUCGCGUCCAGGCGCUGACUGGCACUCGAGAGCGAAUUCUUGGUGGCAAGACGUACAUCCAUAUUCUUCAGUCCAUCUUGCGGCUCCGACUUAUCUGUGCCCAUGGCAAAGACCUUCUCAGUGAGGAUGAUCUAAAAGCUGUCGAGGGCAUGACCCAGGACUCAGCAAUCGAUCUCGACAGCGAUGAUGACUCGGACAAGCCGCAGAUGACAGACUCCAAGGCCUACAGAACCUUCGAUCUGAUGAAGGAGACCAACAACGACGCCUGCGUUGCAUGCCAGCGGAAACUUGGAUCCAACAACGAAGAGACGGAUUUGGAAUCCGAGCGCCAGGAGGAUAUAUUGGGCUACUUGACACCAUGCUUCCAUCUUUAUUGCUUGAAGUGCAUUCAUUUGUUCCGUGAUGAAGAGCGUGGCGUAGGCCAUUCAUCAGACAACCAUAGCGUUGGAGAGUGUCCAAAUUGCCACCAAAUGGUCAAGUUUAUCUGCAAUGAGAUCCGUCGCACCCGGGCCGAUGCAGAGCACGAAGUCUCUCAUCAGGAGAAGGCCAAGGGGCAUACAGUCAAAAGCAUGGACGACUAUACUGGUCCCCACACCAAAACGCGCGCUCUGGUUGAGGACCUGCUCAGCGCCAAGGCGCACAGCGAGCUCAUGCCAGAUGAGCCACCCAUCAAGUCGGUGGUUUUCUCUGGCUGGACUUCUCAUCUUGAUCUGAUCGAGAUCGCUCUUGACAAGGCCGGCAUCACACACACACGGCUGGAUGGCAAGAUGUCGCGCCUUGCACGCACACAAGCUAUGGAUCGAUUCCGAGAAGACCCCUCUGUGCAUGUCAUUCUAGUAUCCAUCAUGGCUGGUGGUCUCGGUCUGAACCUCACGGCCGGAAACCAUGUGUACGUCAUGGAACCUCAGUAUAAUCCUGCUGCCGAGGCGCAAGCCGUCGAUCGUGUGCACCGUCUUGGCCAGAAACGCCCUGUGCGGAUCAUCCGAUACAUUAUGGAGAACAGCUUCGAGGAGCAGAUGGUAGCUCUACAGCAGAAGAAAAUCAAGCUUGCCAACUUAUCCAUGGACCGCGGCGAAUCGACGGGACCGUCUGGAGUAGACAAGCGCGAGGCGGCAAGGCAGCGUCUUAUGGAUCUCAAGGACCUUUUCAAAUGAGAAGGGCUUCGCACUACGAAAUCACUCUCCACCCAAUUCGAAGUCUGCAGAUGACCUAUACCCAUUUUUUACUACAUGCUCUUCUUUAUUUUGAUACCCUUUUUUCGUCUCAUAUUUUAAUCUCCGUCAAGGUAGCCAGACCUUGCUGGGCUAAAAGAAGAUCUGAUGCAUGUGCUGGUAACAAAGGCACCUCUUUGCUCGUUGGCGUACGCACGCGUUUUGAUCAGCUUUCAUCAAGGACUACUACUGCUCAGCUCGAAAACAAGAAAAAAAAUAUCUUGGGCUAGGACAUGGUAUACUUGUUCACACACUGAAGAUGGAGUCUAUACAUAGUUCAUUGCUCAAUAUGGGGGCAGGUAAUUUGUUACCCAGAGCUUAUUUCCUAUCGGCCUGACAUUUGCGGGGCCAGGGCCUAUUGAUCAAUUUUCCUUGCUAUCACGAAUCUCAUAUGGAACAGAACAUUUUUCAAGACGCAUGAGGCAUUGGGAAGGCGGGCUGACGAGCAUUUUCCUUUCACAGCCAUUCCUUACGAUAUCUGUUAAAUCCGGGCUGCGUACUUUUUUUUUUUUUUGCAUUUGGGGGGCAUUGCAAGCAUUACAAAGGGAGGCUUAUGGUCUUGUUUCUAUUUUUUUUUUCUUUUUUUCUGGAGCGUUGUCUUUUGUUCUUUGCUUGGCUGUUUAAACUCUACUCUACCCUCCCAUCGGUGGGGGCGCGGAUAUUUGCUUUAUAGACCGAAAGAAUUGACAAUUGGUUACAUCCCAUG